AUCACAAUAUUUCGUAUGGAUGAAGACGGUAUCAACAUUGACAGAGCGAUAUUGAGAGCUCUUUUGAAAGGUCAGAGAAAACUUUGCUUAUCUACUUCAUACCAUUUACAAGCCUAAUUAGGGUCUGCUGUUAAUUGCUAGUGCCAGAUCGUAACUCAGGCCUAACCCUGUACUUUCUAAGCUGUAACCAUCAGCACUCAACUGCAGUGUCUUUUAAAUGGUUCUACACAAUAGACUCAAAAUAGCAACUUCGCUUCGCUGCCAAAUUAGCCUCAGAGGUAACAAUACGUCAUCCUUAAAAGUAUCAUCCCGUAAUAUCGACUAACAGAUAAACGAAAUUACGAAGUGAUUUCGGUGCAAGAUUUGCUUUGGUGUAAGAGGAAUGCAAGUCGAUGACAGUCGAGCAAUGUUGCCAUUAAAAAUAUCCAUCUAAUAAGGCCUUAAUAACCGCUGUUUGAAAAAUAAGUUGUUGUUGUUGUUUUUUUUUUCACAGCACAAAAUGCAUCUGCAGCGGACCAGCUGAGUUUGGCUCUGAUAUGGAAUAGAGCCGACAUUGCCAAAACAGAGAUCUUCACAGAUAAUCAGAAAUGGGAGGUAAAUCUGUACUAUGGCAAAUCUCUAAAGUAAUAAAUGUAUGCUUUGAAAAAAUGUAAACAUUGCAAAAGAUACAAAUCUCUGUUUAAAGUGGACGUGCAAGUAGCUGCUCUAGCUAGUUGACAGACACUUAUGUCUAAAAAUGCAAGUAAUUAUGCUUAAUGAAUAUAACGUGGAUGAAAAUGACCCAAAUUGCAAGAGCAGAGCGGAAAUGGCCUAUUCCAGUGGUAGUCUGAGCGUCACUUGAAUUGCAAGCCCUAAGCACUGGCCAAUCGGCGACGCAGUCCCUAGCAGUAGACAGAGUGUCUUCGAAGUUUGAAAUAGAAAUUUAAACAAUUUAACAACAGGCUGACGGUGCCGCACACUCCAAUUUCAAGGAAAAUGCUUCAUUUCAUGUUGAAUUUGACUGAAAAACAGAUUGCACUAUGCGAACUUUUUUCCAUAAACAAGUCAUUUGAAUGGUAUCAACACUGGCUUUUUCCCAGUUCCAAAUGCUAAAAGUGAAUUACGUUGACUCUCGCAGCGUGGAAACCCCAAAAGUAACUUACCCCUGGGUUUUUCGUGUCUAAGAGAUUUUUCUUCAAAUUAAAUUAUGUUCGUUUUCUUGUCAUGGUUAACAACAGUUAGAAUCCUUGGAGGAUGCUAUGAUGGAUGCUCUGAUCAACAAUCGUGUGGAAUUUGUGAAACUUUUGUUAGAGAAGGGCAUCAGUAUGGGCAAGUUUCUUACUACGACUCGGUUGGUGGAGCUUUACGAGGCGGUGAGUGUUAAUCUAAGGAUCCGGAUCAGGAUCAGUUAUCCGAUUUCUCUCGGAUCAAAGCACAUCAAAGGAACCGACGAAUCAACACCAAGAAAGGAUUCAUCGGUUCAUUUGAUGCAGCACGAUCCGAGUGAUCUCGGAUGACUGAUCCUGUUCCGGAUUAUCUCAAAGCAACGCACCCUAAAAGUCCUUAGGUUUCUGAUGCUUAACGUCAUGGCAAGGUUUACUACCUCAGGGCAUAACCACUCAAAUGAUGCCAAAUCUACCUUUCAUUCAGUAACAUAAUGAGUGCAGAUAUUAGACUGAACGCCCACUGACAAAUUUGACUCUUAACAGCAGACGAAAUGUAGCGACCAAUAGCUUACUUAGUCGCUACAGCCAAAAACUUAUUGCUUACUUUAAAUGCUAACAACAGCAACAUGUCGGGGACUACCCACUGACACGCUUGCAGACAUAGAGAUAGCUUCUCAAUCGUUUGCCCACCAAUCUAUCAUACUGAUGGCUUCAAUUCACUUGAUUCUAGUAAUGUUGAGACGCGACCAUACUUACCAGAUAACUGCCAGGAAGGUUUACCGGAUUAUUUUCUUACUUUAACUUGCGUAUGUGAACGUUUUCAGAAAUACUGUUUUUCAUUUCUCCUCUUUAUUUCAGAGGUGGCAUUUUGCGUCAAGUGUUGUCUUCAGACAAGUAGUUGGCAGAGACAAGGUGAAAGUGAAAGUCUAUUUGUUUUUAGAGGGGAUAAUGAAAUGAGGUGUAUUUUGUAAGAUGAAUAAAAACUGAAUGGCUUUCCAACGUCAAAUCCUGUGUAAGGAGCCCAUGCUACUUUUUGGUUUGCUCUUCGGCUUUAUCUUACGUAAACAUCAAAGGCAGAUCCAGAGCUAGAAGUAAGGGUGACGGAAGCCACUUUAAUUGGAGCCUCGGCCCUGUGGCCUCGUUUUGGGUCUACGAAUAUUUGUAUAGGUAAUAGCAUGAUUUGUAGUGGUAUUUAUGCCAAAUAUCACGUACAAAACAUGCUAUUAUUUGUUUAUACUACUACCCGCAAAAGGUUUGUAAUUGUCACAUGUAGGUAUUUCAAAUUAAGCUGAAAUACCACUGCUCUAAGCCAAUCAAAUUGCAGAAAUUUGUCAUGUAGUAGUAUAAGUGGGGAAAGGGCCACUGAAGAUAGUCUGAAAUUCUCAGUGGAAGUAAAUAACAUUGCCAUUCUGCAAAGGCAGUGCAGAACGUUAGUCGUCUUGUUCACGCGAAGUACACCUUAUGCAAUCUGUAGGUGCUUUGUGUGCCCCUCAAACAUGGUUUUAUAUUUGUCGUACAUCUUUCCUUUUACUGUGUGUAGGGUGAGUGUGGAUUAACCCUUGCUGAUGUUAACAGUGCAGUCAGACGGUUGUUAGGAGCUACCUAUAAAGGACAUGGCAAGGAUUAUAGAACUCUUAGAACGGUACAUGUACAUAUUGGAUUUCUUUGUAUAUUUAAUUGACAACGUACGACUUGUUUGAAGACAGGUGCUGUAUACGCACGAUCUUACAGAAGUUUAUUAAAGAGCAAAGAGGCUUCAAAUGAUAGUUCACUUAUAUUAGCAGCCUGGGGGGAACGUGAAAGAGGUUCUCAGUUUUAUUUAGUAAAAUGUCGCGUAAAACGUUUACAAAAAAUGUUUAUACGUACAUUCAGGAACAGAAAGGAUCUUCAAAAAGGGAAACUUUGGUUUCGCGGGAUAAAUUUGUUUUCCUUGAAACUCUCUACAACUUAAUGUUUCUCUUUUUAUUCCUUGCUUGCCCCUUGCCCGAUAAUUUCUUUUUUUCCCUUUUAUUCUCUUCUUUUAUUUCCUUUUAAAAAGUUUCUACGUAAUUAUGUAUAAGUUAAUGAAACGCAAUAAAGUUGUUUAAAUUCUAAAUUAGUCCUACUACUUGCUUUGUGGCACAGGCUCUAGGUUAUAUUAUAUUUGAAAAAAAAAUCUUCAUAUAAUUUACCAUAAGACGCUGUGUAUCAUGUAAACUUAUGUUAUAUUCUUGCGUUUCUAAGGCUCUUGGUAUGGCUAACUCCAAGAUGUUUGUGGAUGGACACGUAGACAAAAUGUCGGAUGCAAAUUAUGUGUCCAGCCCUUACAAAGAGUUGCUUUUGUGGUCCCUGUUGUGCAACAUGCAGAAAAUGGCACUCUUCAUGUGGGAGCGAGGCGAAGAAAAUCUAGCGCGGGCGCUAGUGGCGGGAAAACUGUUGAACAUGAUGGCGAAGCUUAGUGAACGAGAUGACGCUAAGGCAGACGUCACUGACGAACUUUACGGGCAUGUCGAGUAAGUUUGACAACAUUUCUUAAGUUGCAAUCCAAGAUGGCUGUGUCAGCUGACAUGUUGUCCAAUUGUAUUAUUAUUAUUAUUGACUGAAGAAGGAAUUACCCUAGGCUCAAGUAUAGUAAAAUUUCCGUCGACAAUUCUUCUAAACUAAAAGCAGUUACUGGUCCAGGGUCUCACCAGUUACUAUUUCCGUUUAGUGAGUUCAAGCGAAUGGCCUUGGGUUUACUGGAUCAGUGCUUUCAAACAAACGAAGAGCUUACGCAACAGCUUUUGACAUACAACUUGGAGAGCUGGGGCGGGCAGUCCUGUCUAUCUCUUGCUGUCGCCAUAGAACAUGAGGAAUUCUUAGCACAUGUUAGUUGCCAGACCCUUCUCACUGAAAUAUGGACGGGUGCUAUGAAGAGUGCGCAUCGAUCGUCGAUAAAGGUAACUGUGAAGUUCCCUAGUUGCACUCCAAACUCCAAAUGAUAUUUUCCUUUAAGAUAUGUGUGUUCCAUUUCUGCGGCCUCCGCAGAGAGAGGCUGUAAUUCAUGUUUAAAUUUGUAAGUGGAGUGGGUAUUUUCCUCUCGGAAAUUCCUUUUUUCCAAGAAGAUCCUUCCUUCCUUAGAGGUCGCCCAUUUGCAAAGAUUAAAUUAAUCUUUCCACUUACAUUCCAACCAAAAUGUCCUGCUUUUUUGUUUGAGUAGUCGGUAAACUUCAAGUGUAACGUAAUGGAUUAACUUGUAAUUCUUUUGUAAUUAAUAUCAGACCAUGAUGGGACUUUUGUUUCCACCAUCGAUAUUUUUCUUGGAAUUCAAAACAAAGAGAGAGCUCUUGUCAAUGCCAGUGACUUUAGAAGAGCACGAACAAAGCGUGGUCGAGAUGGAAGAAGAAGGUGACAGCGCAAAAGAAAAUAAAGCCUUAAGAUAUAGCCGCACCAUAACCGAAGGUAGCAGAGGAAUGGAACUCAGGUGAGUACGCAAAAAGUUGCACGCAGACUUGUUCAAAGUGGUUACACACGAAUGUACUUCGAAUCUUGCUGUUGCACUUUAUAACAAAGUGCCCAUUUAACAGAUUCACAGUGAAACAAUAGGGCCAUUUAUACGAGGAAAAAUAAGACGCGAACUGUACCAUUUAUACGAGCAUGUCUUGUCUAAUAAGACGCGUCUUAGCUAAGCCGCGUCUUAUUUUACACGAAAUGUGCCGUUUAUACGGAAAGUUCACGUCUUAUUUAAGACGCGUCUUAUUUUUCCUCGUAUAAAUGGCCCAAAUAAUCAAUAGGGCCCUUAAAGGGUGAACGCGUAAGAAAGGUUAGUUGUACGGAAGGGGUAAACGAUUUCCUGGGACUUUAAGAAAGUACAGCUUCAUAUAAGGUAACCUUAUAAUACAUAUGUGCCCCUUACAGGUUGGCUUUGCUUUCCAUUCAUAAACAGGGUUCGUGCAGAGUCUUGAAUUUUUGAAAAAGUCUUGAAAUUUGCCCGGCAAUUAUCUAGAUCUGGAAAAAGUUUGGAAAUAGAGAUAAAUUCUGGAAAUAUGAUAAAAAGUCUUGAGUUUUUUUUUUCUUUUUUUCAAAGCUACAACAAGUGCUAUAUAAGUGAAUUUUUUUUUCGUUUUAGUAGAAUCUCAUUCAAUCUCGCCCGUACGUUUGCAGUGAGUUGUGAAGCUUUGUUCCUGCCCUUUUUAAAGUCUCUGUUGAUCACCUAUUGAUGAUAACCUCGAGACUGGCAAAAAAAAUUAUUGUUGUGGAAAAUGUCUUGAAUUGUGAAUCCAAAAAUCUGUACGAAUAAAGCAAUUGACAAAUUCUAGCACCAAAAGUCGUAUUUUCUUUCAUGAAAUUGAAACCCAUCAUCCCAUGAUUAAGAGGGAAAGAUUAUUCAUGUCCCCUACCUUAUUUUUUAAGAACAUUUUCAGAGUCAAAGUUCAGAUCAGCCUCUUCAAUACCACGGGAUUUUCGCAGGAUUCCCAAUCACCAGGACUGGAGACAAGAAACUCGUGUUGUGCAUUUGCGCUGGGGAAAGAAACUACUGGAGUUCUACAAGGCACCUGUUACUAAAUUUUGGUCCAACGUGGUGAGCACAUUAAAAGUGACGUAGUUAACGCCAAUGACCAAAAAAAUAUAAAUUAUUCACGCUGCUAAACACGGCCAUUUUAUGGGCAAUAAAGGAAUUUGUGGUGCAAUGAUUGUUUGUGUAGACGUGAAACAACUGGUUUACGCUGGUCGAAAUCUCAGUUGAUCGUGCAGAAAAAAAGCAUUUCAUGGGCAUAGCUGGAAGGAUCCUAGGAUACCUGUGACCCCCCUUUGUGAGACAACAUAACAUCUAUGCGACUCAGUAUUCACUCCGCCUCUUACUAACAGAUAUUUUGACUGAUUAGCAGUGAGACUAAAAUAGAUAAAAUUAAUGUUACAUGGAACUUAAUUCAUCAUUGCAGCUAUGUUGAUGUUGUAGGCUUGUUCCUCUCCCAACGCUCAUUGCUCGUCCGAAAAAAUGUCACUUUUUGAAAAACACAGCGUGGAUGUCGACAUGCCAGUCUGCUAAGCACUCCGGGUGUGACACAGUGUUAUCCCCCCUUUGAAAAAUCCUAGCUAUGCCUCUCAAUUCUAAUAUCUAACAUGAGUUCCGGCUGCAACUAGGAAAAAAUUGCAACACAGCCCAACCAUCCCUGGUAGGAUACAUUUAAUUACGCCGGAUUUUCGGAUGAUUCUGGAACAUUAUGGUAGGCAACGAAUAAAAAUGCCAGCUAUUUCAAGUAGGUGAGAAUGUCCUGGAUUUAUAGAAUUCAAGACUGAGAAUUUACAAGCACAGUUGCUGAAUUCCGGCAGUCAAUAGAGGUGUCAUGUCAAUCGAGGAAUGAAGUGUUAUAAGCCGCGGUUUAAACUGACCCAUAUAAUUCGAGUAUUCGGAAGACAGCGUAGAGGCUUAUCAGCUCAAUGGAAAGGCGGUCAAGUGAUAGUUGAAAACUCUUCAUAUUGGGUUUUGCUCAAGAAAUCAUACAUAUAUGUCCUAGAAAAAGGUUCAUCGUUUUGGAACAAUAAUAGGGAAAGUUGUCGAUCCUUCUCACCAUGUAUUCAUUUGAGAUGAGUAAAUCGCAACGUUUCGACAGUGCUUAACUAAGACGAUGCUAAGACGAUGAGUUGCAUGACCGACCAUCGUGAUACAGAUGAUGUACUGCGUAAUUAUUACUAAACACCUCACUAUAAGUGGAUACAUUGUGAAAAUAAAGAAUGGUUUGGUUUAGUAAAAUGACCAAAAGUAUAUCCGUCACAGGUGGAAAUUAAAUUCAGGUUACAUCUAGGAUGAUUCUCUUUUGUCUCCUAGCCCUGAUUCAUGACUAAUUAGGGCUAGGAAACAAAGGAAAUUGAGAAUCAACCUAGGUUUAAAAUUGUAACCUGAAUUUUACUUUGACCGGUAGCAUAUCCCCUAAAAUAGAUCCACGUAGUUUUUAAUUUAUGUUUUUUCUUUUGAUUUGCUUUCAGUUUGCUUACAUGGUUUUCCUAGCCCUCUUCAGUUAUGUUAUUCUUAUUCGUCAAGAUAAAAUCCCUUCCAUCAGCGAAAUGGUGCUCAUCAUCUUUGUUUGCACACUUUGUACCGAGGAAAUUAGACAGGUAUUUAAGCCGCGAUUGAAUUUGACCUUCGAGCUUGAAGCAUCAAAAUUUAGACUCCUGCGUGUAUGUUUUCUACGCUUGACAAUUGGGCAUUUAUUACUUGUCUUGUGUACAGUACACUUCCUACAUAAACGUGAAUUAAGGAAGUUUCAGGUCUCAGUCGUGCAGUGAUGACUAAGAAAAGAACCAAAUGGUUUAACCUGUUCUGCAGACUUUGUUUUUUUGCUUAUUAAACUCAUUGCCUUUUUGGGGUCCUCCUUGUCAUUUCGUUGUCGUCGUCGUUGCGUAAGCUCCCUAAUGCGUCUUAUUGGACAAAACGUGUCAUACGUUAUGCCGGAAAUUGUAUGGAGCUUAAGCAAAGACGAUUUUGAGCUACACACGUCAGCCGGAAGUGAGGCAUUUUCUCUUUAAAAUGCUUUCGCGCUACCAAGUUUAAAAGCCGUGUGUGGUUAUUCACUUACCGUUGAGAAACAGGCGUGUGACGGUGCAUUGAACCACACCUCUGGAAACAGGUUAACUUAAAGAGAAGCUCUGGCAAUUUAAGGCUAACUGAUGAGGUACGUUUAUUUUCCUAAAACUUGAAGUUAAGCCAAUUUUUUGAAAUGUUACUUUUCUAGAUACUGCACUCAGAACCACCAACACUUAAAAAUAAAUUCAAAGAAUGGGCCUCAAGUAAAUGGAACAUUCUCGAUGGUUUCGCUGUGGUAUCUUUUUUCGUUGGUCUCGGUCUCAGGCUUUUCCCAGUGACACGUAGUGCAGGUCACGUGGUGUACUGCUUUGAUGUCAUGUUGUGGAUUGUCCGCCUGCUGGACAUUUUUUCUGUCAGUAAACACAUGGGACCUUACGUGGUGAUGAUUGGAAGGAUGGUAAUUAUAUUUUGUUACGAUUUAGAGGAUGGUUCGUUCCGAGUGAAUUAAAAUGAUCGGGCGACUGUCACCUUAAUUUGACGGGCAUGCUCGUUAUAAAAUUGUAAAUAUACCCCUACGUGAGACCAAUCUGGACGUAUUGUAAGCUUCCAUUGACCCCUAUCUGCUCAGGCACAGCCCUAAGAGAUAAACUAAUUAAUGGGCAAAAUAUAGAAGUCCCGUCCGGAACACCCGGAGUGUAGCCUGAGAAAAAAGCCAACAGUGUGCCAAUAACAACGGUGUAAAGAAGAUAAAGUCUUCUUUUGGGGGUUACUCUAAACUACUCUUAUUUGCAAUAUUCUAUUACACCAAACUUUUUGUUAAAAGCCUGGUGAGCCUUGUAAAGCCCGGUUGAACCAAACUUACCAGGUGUUUGAAAUUAAAAGCAAAAUUAAAAGCCUGAGUAAGUGUGGUUUUAUCAUGCCUUUGAGGUACGCCUCGUUGAAAAUUUACCUCAUGUGUUUCAUAAUGCCAUUGUGAUUGGCUUUUGGUUACUGAUUGCUCACUGAGACAAGAAACAUUUUAAGUUACAUUUUCUCUCAGACUAUAGACAUGCUGUACUUUCUCCUUAUUAUGGUCAUUUUCCUUUUGGCUUACGGAGUCGCCCAACAAGCUAUCCUGCACCCAAACGAAGAACCGUCAUGGUCUGUGGUGUCUGGGGUGUUCUUCAGGCCUUAUUUUCAAGUCUACGGAGAGCUGUUCGUGGAAACACCUGACACAAGUAAGCACGGUUUGUUCAGUCUAACUACUCAGGCUUGUGAGAAUUCUUGAAGUUCCCAUUCCCUGAUGCAACAUCAGGAAUUUGGUUUGGUUCUUAAAUGAAAUUAUGACGAGUUUUUCUAGUUUACUUUUCCUACAUCUCACCAACGUCCCGAAUAGAAGGUCAAGAGGAACGACUUUGUCAUAAGAAAUUCAAACAUUGCGGCCUUUUGAAACAUAAUCAGGAUUUUCAUGUUUGGAAAUAAAAAUCGAUUUAGACCCUGAAAUGUAUUAUGUCAGAUAUAUCAAAUAGUCAAAUAUAAAUAUCAGAUAGUCGAUCGCCUGGUUUGAAAUCAUGAACCUACGAUUUAAACAUUGGAGGCAACUUUUAGAUCAAAAGUUAUUAUGUUUUCAAACAAAUUCGUGAAUUUAUUAUUUGAAAUCAAAGUUUGUCAGUGAUCUAGGAUAAUCUGCUUCGUCAUGAUUUAAAGCAUAAAUGUCACCAUUUGAAGUCACAAAAAACAGUCUCGUAUGAAAUCAUGUAAAACUAAACUAACAACCUUUUUUGCAAAUAAGGUCCCAUGCAUUAACUGGUUAUAGAGACGAUUUGUUCAACAGGCUUACAGCUCCUAGCACUUGUUAAAUGACGUAAAACAUUUCGGGGAGCAAUGGGGAGGGGGGGCAGUAGUGGUAUGAGCACAGGCCUCCCAACAAUGUGGCCGGGUUCAAAUCCCAGCAUCGACGCCAUGUGUGGGCUGAGUUUGUUGUUGGUUUUUUCCUUUCCUCCGAGAGGUUUUUCUCCGGGUACUCCGGUUUUUCCCCUCUCCUCAAAAAACCAACCUUUCCAACUUCCAAUUCGACCAGGAAUGGUAAACAGAGAACCACUAUGUGGAUGUGCUAUCUCUAAAUCAUUAUUUAUUUUAUUUAUUCUUGAUUUAUUUAACAAUUAGUCGCCGAAUGCGAUGUGAAUAUCAGCGAAUAGUCACCGAGACGAAGUCGAGGUGACUGUUCGCCGAUAUUCAGGUCGCCUGAUGCGACUAAUUGUUUUAGUAUAAUUACAUUGAUGAUUAUUCGAGAAAAUAAAAUUAUUGAUCAAUUUCCAACUCCGAAACAUCAAAAAAUCUGGCUGCCAUUUUGAAAACUGCUAGCUUUCAAUGUUAUAAUCACCGCGCGGUGAUUAUAGUGGGAUGAAGCGAAGCUGCUAGCCAAUCAUAGCGCUCUAUUUUCGACAAUCAUCAAUGUAAUUAUACAAAAAAGGAAUAGGAUACUGAUCUAAUUUGCGUGAUUUCAUUUCAGUUGACAACAACACAACUCUUUUCGGCACCGCAAGAAAAGACGAGCACGCAGACAUUAUAGUGGCGUUUAUCGUGGCUUUUUAUCUGCUGGUUGCCAAUAUUCUUCUGCUUAAUCUUCUUAUUGCCAUCUUCAAGUGAGUAACAGCUAGUGAUUUUUUUACAGAUUCGGCAUCGUAUUAGAUGUGAAGGCUUAAUUGGAGGGUGUGUUAUUUCUCGUUUCUUGGGUCUCAGCAUGGCGUACCACGUGACCGACCAGCUGCGGCUGGGUCUAUAUUGUCCAUUCUUUUUACCUAUGACGUCACAUAAGACAAAAAGUUACGUCAUUAGACACCCAAGAAUCCUGCAUAUUUGAUCAACCCGAAAUCCAGCCGUCUUUAAUUUUACCUCGCUGCAUGCUAUUCCACAAUCCACAUUCACCUAAAUGACUUUACAAAACGAUUAUUUGAUAAAAAAGAAAAAAAUUAACCGUGUGUCUUGUUUUUAUUCUUCAGCAACACGUACAACAGCGUGCAAGCCAAUGCAAAUCAAAUUUGGAAAUUUCAGAGAUAUUAUCUGGUUAUGGAGUAUGCGCAGAGGCCAGUCUUGGUUCCACCCUUCAUUAUAUUGAAUCACGUGAUUCAUCUGAUAAAAGGAAUAUAUAGACGGCUUAGAAAAUGUUGCCGACAUAAUACGACAGAUCGACAAGACUCUACCCGCUCAUACGGCUUAAGUAUGUGUAUUGUUUUGAGAAGGCUUUCUGUCGUAUCAUUGUUGGACCUUUCUUAAUAAAUUAUUCGGAUCAUUUUACGUUUCUGUGAAACUGCUCACCUACCCCUCUCCUAAACCAACAUUAACACUUAGUUCUUUUUUAGGGCAAAAUGUUUGCUAAGGGGAGAGGCAGGUGGGCAGUUUUCCAGGAACGUAAAGUGAUCCAAUUAUUCUUACUUUGGAUUUGCCGCCUUGAUUUGUCGUAUUUUAUUUGUUGCUGAUUAAAUCAUACUGUCGUGUUGCCAUACUGGACUACACCAUGAAUGUGAAAUGCAUUUUCACUUGUCUGGUAGUGGUUGUGUUGUACUGACGUGUACUGUAUUGCAAACACAAUGAGCGAUUUACAAUAAUUUGGUAGUUAAUCAAUGGUACGUACUACACUUGUCAGACGGAGAUACAUUUAGCCAUGUUUGCAUUUCGCUUGUAACUAACCAUUACCCGCUAUGCUAAUCUGUUAACGCUUUAGGUUGAGACAGAUUCCCUCUGAACAACCACACGUAGCUUUAAGUAGCUUCAGAAUACAGCUGCGUUGUUUUUAAUUUCGCUACAAAAUGUCAAAGAAAUUUGUAUAUUUUAAAUUUGAUGUAAGUAACUGUCUCAUUUCCUUGUAGAGCUUUUUCUUGGAAGGGACGACCUUCAAAAAAUGUCCUUGUUUGAAGAGCGAUGUGUAGAUGGUUACCUCAGGGAGAAAGAUACCUUGCUACACGCCACACAAGAAGAAAAAAUAAGGGUCAUUGGAGACAGGUGCGAUUAGUUUUAAACAAUUACAAAGGGCAGGGAAAGGGAAACCUAGCCAUCAGCAUCUAUACUGUUUAUUAGUAAUUUUAAUCCAUAAAUAGCACCAGUACGUAUAUACCAAGCCUGAGGAAAUUGGCUUUUUGUGCGCAAUAUCCUGAAUGUUCUGUGCGAUUUAACUCAGGGUGUGUUCCUUUCGGCGAAACCAAAAACGGAUUUUAGAUCUUAAUACGGAUCUUGCGUUAGUGAGUCCAAUUCAAAAAAAAUUCGUUGGAUUUGAAAUCAGAAGAAUUCAAAUCCACUUUUUUCACAAUGGAUCCGAAAUUAGUCAGAUUAUCCAGCUGUGUACGCGAGUAGAAAUUCCUCUUUGCUGCCACUUGCCGUAAAGCAUUUGAAAACAUGUGGAAGAUUCCUCUCGGGACAAAAUAUCCAUUUAUUAACCAUUUGUCGUCAAAAAUGGCUGAAAAACACAAAUACGUAAAAGGGACAAGUGAACUGCAAUCCUUCUACAACUAUACUUGCAGACGCGAUAGGCACUCGAAGGUGCUAUAUAAAAGAAUCCGACCUUAUCUGAAAAAAAUUAAGACUUGUGAUUCACUUUUAGGUAGGCCUUCCACCCUGUUUAGGCACAUUAGGCAAGCCCGGGUCACCACACAGGCAAGCCUUGCAGGAAUUCAACUGCUCGUCUUGUCACUACUUGACGAAAGCGGCUUAGCCGACAACCUCUACAUAGUUUCAUCUCUAAAGCGCCUCCUUCUCUGUUUAUGUUCCAUUCCGUCGUCACUAUUCAAAUUGCCGAUCACAGAAUUCUGCAAGGUAUUAUCGCAUAAUUCGUCAAACAGACCGUCAUAUUGAACGCGUUUGCGAGAACACUAAGGUUACAGAUCCAAUUUCGGAUUUAGCAUUCCUUUCGGACGCGAAACCGGGAAAAUUUAGGAUCAAAAAACCGUUUUUGGAUUCGCCGAAAGGAAAACACCCUGAGUAUGGUAAAGAUUAUUUAAUAAAUUGGAUUUGAAUCUUAAGGUAAUUGCCAAUAAUCCUUCGAGCAUGGUGUAAUGAGUCUUUUGCACGUUAUCAAAAGAGAUCUUUAAGGCUUUUUCAUAGUUGAAAGUUGGUUAGUUGCUGAUAGAUAUUCCUGACAAAGAAUAUCCAGCCGAAUUUUUGAUAACGUUAUCGCCAAAUGGAGCUUUUGCGUCCAAUAGUUUUUUUCGGCCAAAACCAUCUCCAAAUUAGCUAUUAUAAAAACUAAGAGUGCAGCCAUUGCUUUUUUCUCUUCUCCUCCUUUCCUUCUCCUCCUUUCUUUCUCCUCGCUCUUUCUUUUUUCUCCUUUUCCUUCGUUACUAUGAUUUUGAAGCUUCUCGGGCUUAAGAAACCUGCCUUUUGACGCCUUUCACUCAACUGACUGCAAAUUUCGUUAGGUUGGGUAUCUCUAUUUAGUAAAAUCCAACUAGUGGUCUAUUAUCAAUGCUGCAUUCUGAUUGGUCCAGCUACUACUAGGCUAUAUGUUAUAGCCCACCAGUAGCGAAAAGCGCGGGCUUUUUGGCGGCGAAAAAGGAUUUAAGUCUAGCUUUAACUAGCUAAAUUUUUUUUAUUCUCGAUAUUUUUGACCAACUAGUUGGAUUUUACUAAAACAAUUAUUCCUCUCGCCCUCAUGACCUCUGAGUCAAUAGCCCAUGAGGCCGAAGGCCUCAUGGGCUAUUGACUCAGAGGUCAUGAGGGCUCGAGGAAUAAUCGUUAAAUAUUUUGUUACUCUCAUACUAACGAUUGAUUCUAUUUUACUUCUAUUAUGUCACAGGAUGGAAACUGUUUGUUGUCAACUGCAAGAUAUGUACAAGGAGUCCAUCAGUCAAUCCAACUCCAACAAAAAGGCGAUUUCAUCCCUGGAUACUCGCCUAACAAAACUCGAAGAACACACGCACAGAAUUGUGGGUCUGCUGGAGAGACUGCAAGUACUGAUGCCGCCAGAAACCGAAACAUUAACGAACAGUGACGAGCACAAAGAAACGGGUAGAACCGUUUCCUUAUCGGACAUUGAAGUUACAGGUACCUCUUCAUUACAUAACUGGGGCUGAUAGUGGGCAAGGUGAAGCGAAUCAGGUGUCCUCAUUGGCUACCAGAGACAGAGAGCAGGACGAAUCAAUCAUGCCUGCUCGGGAUUGCUCGUUUUCUUUCCGAAAAAAAAAUAUUCAGGGUUCGUACAGGUCAUGGAAAAUCAUGGAGUUUAGUAUUCGGUCCUUGAAAGUCCUGGAAAAUUUAAGUUUUGUUUGAUAGAUUAGUUACUGUCGAUGACAAAGCAAGGACAAUGUAAGAUACGGGGAAGUGAUUGAACUGCGCGAACGGCAUGCAUUUUGGUGGACACCAGAGUUUGUGUCUGUUGAACUGUUUAAGGUCCAAAAAUACCCUAAAAAAAGGAAAGUGCCAGCUAAACCUAAGGUCUUGGAAAGCUUAAAAAGGUCAUGGAAAAAGUCAUGGAAUUUGAAGAGCUCUAAAGAGUACGAACCCUGAAUAUUGCUUUUGAACAUAUAAUAUAUACUUUAUUUAUAAAGCUUGUUUGGUCUAAAAUAUUGAUCUCUUUUCUUGAACAUUUGAAAAGUAGACAUUAACUGUCUACAGUCCCUUUUUUUGUAUAGCGUAGAAAUUACGUCAAAAUUUUCAAAAUUCAUGAGUGGUUUCACUACAAAGAUUUUAAGUAUUUCUAUGGUAUAUUUAAGCAAUAGAAAACGUUUUCCAUGUUUGCAUAGCCUGAUAUAAACACGAGAGGGGUUGGGAGAAUUCGAGGCAGGUAUGCAAAUCCGAGACGAAGUCGAGGGUUUGCAUAACCGUCGAGAAUUCUCCCAACGCCUCGAGUGUUUAUAUCAGGCUAUGCAAACACAGGAAAAAAGUUUUCUAUUGCUUUUAUAAAAUAACUUUCCCUAGAAAAAAACGCAAAACUCUUUGUAUGGCACUGAUUAAAAGAGAAAUUCUUACCAGUCGCAAAAUCUUGUCCACGAAGUCUUGCACGCGUAAUGAGUUCUUGUUUUGCAAAAAGAUGCUUUGCAAAAUACGGAGUUUUCUCGCUUAAAAUGUCAGCUUAAGCGAAGAAAAAUUGACUCACCUUCUUUGUAACGAUUUUCCAUGUUUCAGCCGACGAAGGAAUGGGUAAAUAAAGUAAACUUGUCGAGUUUUGAACUCGAAAACUUUUUCAAAUUUGGUGCUUGCGUGAUUAGCGCGCGAAAAGCCAAACAACUUGACGCCACAACCAUGUUUACAUACUCUCAUGCAAACACUGCUCUCGGCCAAUCAGAGCGCGCGUACUAUCUUAGUUAUUUUAUAAAAGAGUGUAUACAAUGUAUAUAGUGACUGCUACAGCCUCUCUGAUUGGUCGUUGCCCAUGAUCUAUUCAACUAAUUGAUUCCAUGUUGCCAUGCACCUGUUCAGAAACAGAUGAUGGCCAAGUGUCUCACUGAAUUUCUUACCACAUUAUGAAGUCUUCCGGGAUCUAAUACUGAGCAGACGGACCACAACAUGUAAUCUAUUCAUUUUAUACAAUGAUCAGAAAGGGAAAAAAACGUCAAACUUGCCUUGUACCGCUUGACUGUUCGAGGAUAUGUGCCAGUUAAGGUAUUUUCCAAGUUACAAACGGUACCUUUCGUCUCUGCUUAUUCUCUUCAUUUUUAUCUUACUUGUAGACUGUUUUCACCCAAACGUUUUUCACGGCUUUCACUUGUUCAGUAUAUUAGCCGGCCUCGGGAAAUUUUAUUGUUUAGUGUUUAGAAAAAAAUCGAGUACUUCAUCUGACUUGAGUUUACUAUACGUAGGGUCAUCACAUGCAGGGCGCAGACCCAGUGUUUCUCGAAGAGGGUCUGGUGGCACCGUAUUUGGUACAGGAACUCGAUUCAAAUCACAGUCGGAGUCGGAGAAAGGUCCACUAACCAACCAGCCUGAACUAGGUGUGUUUCAUUUAAACCUUUAGAUUCGAGGACGAGAACGACUACGAGUACGAUAUUUGAUUUAAAGUUUUUCCACGUAAUCUCAAGAAAUAGACACCCAGGAAUUGUUCAUUGUACCUUUUUUCACCAGAAAAGUUAGCACGGUUAUCGUUAUUGAAGAAGGUUAAGACCUCUCUCGAUUGCAAAAUGCUAAAACGUCUAACAUUUGUUAACUUGUUUCCGCCACUACUAUAGUGAUGAUAGUAUGAAAUUAUUUUAAUAUUAAUUUUGUUUUUAUGUUUUAUAGAGGGCCACAAGUUUAUCGGUUUUUUCAUAACUGUAACGUGUUUACCCUCUUUAGAUAAAGGCGUUACCUAACCUUACCUUACCUUACUACGACACUCUCGCUAAAACUCGUAGUAGAAUGACGACGGCUACCACCUCUUCCCGCCAAAAUGACGCUGCCUGAGGCGCGAGCACUACUUACUAUUGAGAAAAUCUCGUACUCGUAGUUGUUCUCGUCUGAGAAUGUAAAGCUCUCUAUUAGUGUCGUCACCGAAAGUGAAUGUGAAGAUAGCACUGAUUUUAUAAUUCGAUCUAAGUGCAAUUAAAUUUAAUUGCACGGAUAAUUUCUGUCAACAGUUUAUUUUAAAAUCGCUUAAAUUUAAAAAUGCAGGAGUUUUACAAUCCACUUGUAAAGCGACCAUGACGUCCGACUUAAAAAUACCUUCACGUUGUAUGGAAGCGUCGUAGCAUUGGAGGUGAUCUGUGGUCUCUUAAGUAAUUCUUGGACGGAGAUCUAGAGAUCAAGGUGACGGUUUCUUCAGCGUCUACUCUUCCACGCAAGUGACUAUCUAAUAUAAAUGGAUACUAUUGACAAAUUAUUCAGGGCAGCCCAACGAAGGACUUGCAUCUAUUCCAGAAGGAGUGGUAGCCCUGGUUCCUUUGUGUUACAGUAUUCAAAAUAUAAUCAAGUCAUAUGGUUACCCUUUGACGGAAAAUACAUCCCUGCCAAUGUCCGCGCGAUCAUGACAUAGCCUACAGCUAUAGAUACAACUAGAGCACUUAUCGAACGACUUUCUACGGAAGUGACCAUUAGUAUUGAACUUGACUGGAUCCAUAUUCUUUUGGCGUCCACUAAAUUAAAUGAGACAUGUCAUUGCCUAUUACAUGUCAGACAAACUAUUAAAUCGAUUAGUAAUUUUAAUCAGACGGCAAGGGUGUAAGUUGAGAGAUAUUUUGUCAAUAAACGAUUUCCAUUUUCCACUAAAAUCAGAGGAACACACCAGGAGACGCCUUUCGACUUUUGCCGCGCGAGCAAAGCAGACUGCAGCAAGGCGGAGUUCAAGUAACCAAAGUAAAAAGCAUGUGAGAGCGAGGCAGUCACCCUAUCCUUACAGCAAUCAACAGCGUUAUCCAGUACCGGACUUCCUUAUUACCUGGCAGGUAUGUACAAAACGAAGCAAAGGUAAAACGUCCUGAAAAAUAUCGACAAUAAAAAAAGUAAAUUAGAAGGCUUUGUUUCAUGAAGUUUAUCUCAAAAUCAAGUUUGUAUAUCAAGAUGAUGUAUAUUUGUGACGUCACACUUGUCUUAAGGGCAUGUGACAAGUCAGACCUUGCAGACGAAACCCAGACGUCGAUUGAAAACAAAUCUAUUACUGACAAUUACCAGUAACAACACCACGUUACUCCAAAAAUAGGGUGGACGUACAUAAAGCUUUUGGGCCAGUUAUUUAAACGUAGUUUAGCCAGUGUUUAACAAAACCGCGUUCUAAGCCAUUUUCAAUCUGCCCAACGGUUUAUCUAAACACAAUUUAUUGUGAACAGUUUUAUAAAAGCAUGUAGAGUAGACUAGAAAAGCAUUUAUCUUCUUAAAAUAACGCACUAAGGAAGAGAUCGGUCCAAAGAUCUGUUAAACCGCGGCGUAAGUUAGACUUCGUUUAAAUACCUGGCCCUUAAUUUUUCUGUUUGUUUAAAGUGAUGGCACGUGAAGCAAACAUGUAUGUCAACUUCAGUCAUUGAAAAAUGUCACCAUCAUUAUUUUUGUUCUUUGAAGGGUGUAUUCCCGGGUUAUGAUCCGCCAUUAUAUACCGCGGUAGAAGUUCAAGCAUCACUGUUAUGGGCCGACGUUGACAUUCUCCAGUAAGUUACGAAAGCGUUACUGCUAUUUGUCGUUACAAGUGAUCGUUAAAUGUUUGUUCAACUUUGGAUAAAGGAAUAUUCGGCGAAUAAUUUAAAAACCGUUUAAACUGGUCUGAGAUAAAUAGCUAGAAAGAAGCGUAUUAUUCCCAACCUCUAAGUCACAUUUUUUCAGUGGUUUUAUUGGCUCUAUCGAUUUACUGUAUAAUUCUACCAACAGUUCCUUUAUUAGUAGAGUAGUAUAGUAAUGUUUUAGACCUCUUUUUUGCGUUGGACUACUUUAGCGCCGAUGAAUUUUGAAGACACAGUCUUUUGAAUUUAUCUCAUGAAUAAAAUGCAGUGGAAUGUACACUACCACCAGCACAUUUCUACGGUUUUCCGUUCAACAGUACCACCACCACAACCACAGUGCUCUUGCUCUUCUCCAUCCACUACCACAACUACAAUUCUAUAGUUUCCCCUCCAUUCCUUCCUUUUCUUUCUUUUUAUUGUUUUCCCUCUCCUCCUCUUCUUCCCACUAAUCUCAAAGAAAAAGCUUGUUUUAUAUGCUAGAGACAAUAAUCAAUAGCUCUCAAAAGCUUUUCGAUCAAAAGACUUACAAAAAAACUGCUAAGUAGAACGGUAAAGAUUUUUAGAGCCCCUGUGGAAUUUCCUCCUCCUUAUAGCUUAGGAUAAUGGCAUUCAAAACACCACUGGCCAAUCCAGUCCAUCUAACAGAAUCACACUCACCAUAUCAAUAGGCUGUCUGGAUUAACACUAACAGGAUAAAUUUUAUUCUUAACUCUAGGAAGACAAGUUCAGCUAUAAUUUUUAAUUGCGUCGAAAAUGGGAUCAACAGAAGAAGCUACACUGGGUUGAUUGAUGUGGUCGAUCGGCUACCUAGGUAAGGUGACACUUUUGAUGUAAAAAUGUGGCCUGCGGGAAUAGGAGACUUCUGCGCCUUUUCGCAGAGCUGGUUCAUAAUGUAACUAUUUAGAGGCAGAGGGAACGAGCAUUGUAUAAGUCUGAUUAAUUCUUCCGCUUUUAGCUGCUUCUGACUCCUACAAUCUGCUUUUCACCUCUGAGAUCGUAAGCAAUGGCGGGAAAAUAGAAAAGUUCUGAUUCUUUAAAAGACUGCGAUUCCACUGAGUUAGUUUAUGACGCCGCUUAUGAAUUCGCGUUUUGAGUUCUUUUUGGGCAUAAACUCCCGGCUUCCGGUUUACAUGCAUUUGCAAAAACUCCGACUCCAAAUUCUUCGGUCGUUAAAACCUGCCUCUAUUUUUAUGAUCACGAUGGCGAUUAUGAUUUUGCGUCAUUAUAAUCGCAUGAUGUUGAUAUAAUAAUAAUGAUGAUCAUUAUUAAGCUUAAAGCUUAAUAAUGGCUUAACUGGGCUCAUAAUAACAUGAGCAUGGCAGUAAUCUUACUUUUACAUAAUUUUCACGUGUGCUGGCUGCAUGUAGCGUCAGCUGAAUAGGAAGAUACAAAUCAGUAAAUUCUCGUCGAAUGACAAACUUCAAUGUAAACACUUGUUUAAAUUUGCCAAUCCAUUGCGAUAAAUAUUAUAUCGCUGGAUGAGGUUGAGUUUGCAGGAGGAGGUUAUCCAAAAAAAUCAACAAAACAAAAAUAGCAAGCUCCAUUAUAUGGAAAGAAAAUAUGAUGUAUGCAUUUCCUGUUUUUUUUUUUUUUCUUUUUUUCACAACAGAAACCCUGUUGGCAGAACUGGUAUCGCAGGACGUGGUUUAUUUGGCCGGUGGGGACCUAAUCACGCUGCUCAUCUUGUCACCACUAGGUAGCAACUGGAAUUCAUUUGCACCCAUUGUCAAUAACAAAUAAAGCUUUCGUAACAGUCUCGUGCAGCAACCUGGCCUAAGAUAGCAAGCAAUCUGUGGUCGUACUACCCAAAAGGAAGUCGCCCUUUGUUAAUGGGACUUUUUUUUGUGCAUUAUUAUUUGCGGGUGAAGGAAAAUACAAUUAACAACUGUAAAGUUGUUUUAAUUACGAGAUUGCUUUUUUAUUGUUAUAGUUUGUUAAUCACUAUCCAGUCGGUAUAUUGUGUAAAGUCGGAAUCUCAAGUUAUAUCAUAUUAGGGAGAUUUACAGUUACGUUUACGGCAAACGGCAAUCGUAUAUUUGCACUAUGUGACCAAGUUUUCCCUUAUUCAUGACAUCUACCCCAAAAUUAGUAGCUUCUGGUUAAUUUUGUCUAUAACACUUGUUCUGGACCGUUUUAGCGUCACGUUGAAAUUCUCGACUUGAAUCUGACGUUUGCCGUUAGCUGCAAACGUCAUUCUAAAGCUCUCUAAUAAUUAGGAAAAACGCAGCAAAAUUGGAUAAAUGACACGUUAAUUUUCCUUGGUAAAUAGCUUUUCAUAUUUUUUAAAGGAAAGAGAAGUAUAUUGUCCUCUUUUCCUCUAAUAUUUGGCCUGAUCCCAUGCUAUUACAGAUCGGCAAUCGAUUUUACAAGGGCCACUUUUUAUACUUGUUUUGUACUUGCCUUAUUAGCCUAAGGGUGACUACAUCUAUCGAGCUGGUUUCCUUGACUAUUUUUGUUUAGGUGGAAAGAAGAUAAAGACGGAAAUACAAUUCAAAAGGAAGGCAAGAACGUGCUAGAAUUCGUGGCUGUGAGGAGGCCAGACAUAGCAGAGUGGUCAGUUCCUGGGGUAUGAUGAAUGCUUGACGAUAGCAAUAUCUUCGCGCUAUUACAAAUAUCUUAAUUGCUUAGUCUACUUAGUUCACUAUCUUUAUUCGUUUUCGAAGCGUUCUGUCUGUUUAAGCAAAAAGCUGUAGACUCACUAAAGAUAAUUUGAAAGAAUUAGAGUAGAUAAAUCAUUAGUGAGUUUACGCAACAGGACGGUAGGAAGAAGAGGACGACAAAACACCUGUGUGUGACAGGGCUAUUACAUGUGUGUUUUGUCGUGAUCAUCACUUAACACCAAUGUUUUCUGGUCCUUUACAAAAAGAUCUGUUUCAAGGAAAGUGAAGUUUGGCGAAAAGUUGUUUCAAACAAAAUUUUUGUCAUCCUUGUCACACAAGGUUUGCGGUGUUCUCUCCUCUCCCGUCCUGUUGGGCAAGUUCACUAAUGUCUGAAUGAGCACGACUAUUUCUGGUUUUGCAAGAGCACCCGCACUAUCCUAACAAUACAAGGCAAGUCAAAGCUGAAUAAAACGGACGCAAUGGAAGACUUUCUUCAGAUGAUCUUCAAGAUUAUAAUUCAAAACCUUCACACUAGCAAUUCAUCAGUUUCUCACAGUAACAAUAAGAGGCAACAUCAGAAGACAUAGGGGGUGGGAUAUUCCAUGACGAAAAGACGUGAUACUGACGUCAUACUGAGUCCCAGUUUCCCACAAAGGCCUUUUCAGCUACGUAAGGAUGAAGGUAUGUCCAAUGCAAUCGUGUAUCUCACUAAGUGUCACUUUUGUAAUUUACAGGGUCUGGUAAACGUCGGGGACUCAAUAUCUGUGACACUGAAAAAGGUUUUGGAUAAAAAAGUUUUACCAGCUCUAAAGCCCACCUUCAGUGAUGGAAAAGAAAAUCUGGAUGAAACAUUGAAUUUUAUGAUUCAAAAUGCUGUGGAGGUUUGUUCGUCUUUUUCUUUUGUAAAAAAUUGAAAAGAGUGUACGUAAGCAAGCAGCAAGUUCAAUCUGUCGAAAGUGAGGGUUCUUUGUAAAGGAAGGGGUAUCAAAUGGUAACCGGUCAUCUCACUACAAAAUUAUCUCGCCACCAAAAAAGUCGCCAAGAAGUCGACUAGCCGCCAACCAACUCGCCACCAAGCAAUAACUCCGUAAUCAAACACGAAUAGGCUUAGCGAAAAAGUAAAAAUUCUAGGUAAGUAAUCCUAGGUGAGUAAACACGUCGGUUUAUACAGAGUCAUUACUUGGUGGAGAUUAGAGUUCUUGCAGGCGAGUUGGUUGGCGGCGAGUCGACUUCUUGGUUGGCGAUUUGGUUGGUGGCGAGAUGGUUUGUUGGCGGGAUGACCGUAAACCUAUUAAAAACAUGUAACCACGUAGACAAGCCAGUCGAGGGAGUUUAAUAAACGUUUAUAACUGAAAUAAAUAGCCUAGUGGGCUACACAGACUGACACUAGACCUAUACAUAAAGUAAGCUUUCGGCGGAUGUCGUAGCUAUUGGGGUAUUUAAUGUUGUAGUAGAUAGAGUUCCAAGAAUUCUAAUUCUUCGAUUUUUCCCGAGUCCGGCUUCAGUACUUCUAAGAACUAAUGCUAACCUCUUAAUGCGAGGUGACUGCUAAAAAUAAUACGGUAACGUCCUGUAGGAAUUAUUAUUUUUAAAAGGGGCUACGCGGUUAUGCUAUUUGCUGCCUUUUAAAAGCAAAACCGUUUGUCAUAUCAAUUGAAUUUCAAAACUAAUCGUCCAGUUUUGUUAUUUAAGAAUAUAAUCAGGCAUUGAAAAUGUUUCCUGUCGUUCCCGAUCUUUUGUUACGGAUAGCAAGGAUGAGUAUGGAUUGAAACUUGUAAAAGUUUGGCUAACCUCAGUAACAACUUUUAAUGAUAUGGUUUGCCAAAAUCACCAAAAAAUUAUUAUGUUUAGUGCUCCAUGAUGGAAUUUUUUUAUUUCUUUCUCAUAACUCUAGAUCUCUAUAUGACAAUUUUGUAAAUAUGUAAAGGCACCAAGUAAUAACUUCAGCACAGAAUUGACUCUUUGUGACAAUAGCCCAUUUUAUGCAUGACAUACAUACUGUAUAUACCAGAAAAUCUCUUCUAAUACCUGUCGAAUUUUUUAGGUUUACAAAGGAUACGUGGAUGACCCGAGAAACACAGACAACGCUUGGAUGGAAACAGUGGUGCUGAACUUCCAUGAUGAACCUAGAAAAACACUCGGUGAUUUCGAGUUUGAGGUACGGUCCUGAUCUAAAAAUUCUUCAGUAAGCCGGCAAAUCAAUGUGUAUCUAUAAUCAGUUAAAACAUUUAUUUAAUCCUGGGGAGUGGUCAAGUCAAAAGCGUGAAGCAAACUUCUCCAUACUGGAGUCUACGUAGCUACAUGUAUAUGGAUAUAAUUUGACUUUAAGUAUGCUGAUAUGACCAAAGUAAAUGGAAACUGGUUUAUUCGCCGAUCUAUUGAUCAAGCUAGGAAAACAAAGAUUAUCCCAUACAAAAUGAUUGAUUUAAAAGACGACAGAAAAAGUCUCCUUGACAGCUUUUAAUGUUUGUAAACGUUAAAAGCUGUCAAGAAGACUUUUAGUUACUUAGUUUUUAAAAAGACUAAGGAACUGCAUCAGUCCUUCAUGUAUGUUAAGAUAUCGAUACGUGUUCUUUUAAAUUUCUUUCUUUGCUAUUACAGGCUAGAGAAGGUAUCCGCUGUGUCAAAUGGCAGGAGGUCAGCAGUCACAUCAAUCUUCAAGUCAAUUAUCAUUUAAUUUUAAAGAAGGUGGCUGAAUUACGCAAAGCUUACUUUUGA